CUUAAACCAUAGUACAAAGAGCAAGGGCGCGGGGUGUAGUAGAGUUGUCAGUAGCGUCGGGGUCAGUAGCGGUGUCGUUAGUGAAGAUGGCAGUAAAAGCAGACAUAAUAAGAACAAACUCUUGUUUUGCAAGAGUCGCACGGCAGCGAGGUGGAGCGAUCAUCUUUUUGUCAUGUCAGAGGAAGGAAUUGAACCGGCAGAAAUCGAUAUCGAUGGAUGCGUACCUUUAAAGAAUAGAUCCAACGUGAAGAUGUUGUCUGCAACGAGGCGAAAGGACAAAAAUGCUGAUAGUUCUACUACUCUCCAAGCCCUCCAAGACAGUCGUGACAGUGACAGUGCUCGUGAAAAAGUUUUUCGGAUCUUAGAGCGAGUGGCACAAGGGGGAUAUCGAACUGGCGGGAACAUCAUCAAUAAUAUCAAGGGCAUCGACCACAGUACGAUGGAAGAACAGCAGAUGCAGCUUGGUAGGAAAAACAUUGGUAACACAGUCGCAGAACAAAGAAGAGUAGAGAAGAGUGGUGGAGAAGCUCCUUCUAGUGGUGGCGCUGCAGCUGCCACUCUAUUAGAGUUAGGAACUUCGAUAGCUUCCGUAACCGCAGUGAGGCUGGCAUCAGCGGCCGCAGGUGCGUUCAAUAUGCAGCGACAAGGGAGCACUUUCUUCAUGCGAGGACCGGAGCACCCAUUUGAAGAUUUCGAGUUGGAUUUGCUUCCUCUCUUGUUCAACUUCUACGCCCAGGCAGGGUUAUUCAGGACGCAGCUAGUCUUAAGGCUUGGACGUUUGCCUAUGAUCGUCUGAGAGCAUAGAGUCUACGACCUCUUUUUGAAGGGGAAAGCCUCCGAGGGGAAAGGGGAUAGAUAUGCGACCUCUAAUAGUUCAUUUCUUACGCCGUUUUCACAAUUUUCAGAAAUCUCUCGGAGGAGCAGGAGAAGAGCAGCACAAGAGCGCCCUUGUUCGGGGGAAUAGUUUGACGACCGGACUUCCGAAGUCUCUGUCGGGCGGGAAAACUUCGUCCACUUGUCGUGGAUCAUCACUUAAAAAUAGUUGUCGUGGAGGAGGUGUUGUAGAGGAUACUAGCCAUAGAAGCC